AUGAGGAAGAUGCAAGAGCAUUACAUCGCCUUAGAGGAGAUACAAGAGGGAGCGAAGGAUAGAGGAGUACAAGAAGCCAGUGCGUCGGUGGAACCUGUUCCUCGAGAAGACCCAAAACGAUCAGAGAAAAGGCCGAUGGCACCACAGCAAGGCUCGGGCAAGAAGGAAUGGGUUGAGAAAGGAAAGAAACCUCGUCAUGAACCAAGGACGUACACGCCUCUGAAUGCACCAUUAGAGGAAAUAUUCAAGGAAGUAGAAAAGCGAAACGACAUCAGAUACCCAAAGACAAGGGGAAUCCAGUUUGACGAGACAAGGAACCAACCCGAGUUUUGUCAUUACCACCAGUACCGAGGCCACUCGACUAAUAACUGCCGAGAGGUAAAAGACAUUGUUCAACAUUUGAUCCGAGAUGGCUACUUACGAUAUUUUGUUAAGACAACGCCGACAUCGACCCAACAGCCCGAUGCUCCCGUACAUCAAGUGAGGAUCGACCGAGGAACUCAGUUCACCCGCAACACCAUUUCACACUCGGCGACCCAAAUAUUCGACUUAGGGGGCAGUAUCACUUCUAGAAUCUGCAAGAGGGAUCGGGCGGGAAAAGAGAUCCUUAGUGUAGCUAAAACUUUGCCCAUGGAACCCUGGAUGAUGCAUCCGAUCACCUUCUCAGCCAAGGACGUCCCAUCGAAUGGCCAAGCACAUGGAGAUCCCUUAGUAGUUACCUUACUCAUCGAGGAGUUGGGGGUAAAAAGGAUACUGAUGGACAGUGGGAGCUCGGUCGAGGUCCUAUUUUACGACACGUUCAAGAGGAUGGAGUUAUCAGAUGACGUUUUGAUCCCUUCAACUUAUCGGAUCUACGGCUUCAACGGUACAAUGAUCGUGCCAAAGGGGGAGGUCACUCUCAGAAUCUCGGACGGACAGGGAUACUUGGACACACUUACCACCUUUAGUGUAGUGGAUGUCGUAUCGCCCUAUGAGGCUAUCCUUGGCAGACCUUGGAUCGCGGGUAUCAAAGGUGUGGCAUCGGCAUACCAUCAGAAAUUAAGGUUCCCAUCUUACCGAGGGGUUGUGGAGGUACUAAGAGUUCCACAGGCUGCAAGACAAUGUAUGCAGCUGGAUAUUGAACAAAAUGAGGAAAGGCGGUCAAGACAGCGCCGAGAAAAGAAAAAAUCUAAGGAGGCUAAAGCAACAGAAGAAUUAGAGAAGGUACUCUCACAAGCCAUUGCGGCCUACGAAACAGGCGAGCAAGAAAUUUUGUAG